AGUCAGAGACACUCACACAAACGCGCACACACAUGUACACUUACACACAUACCAGGCUGGAAAUUACUGGAGCGAGAGAGAGAGCGAGAGAGAGAGAGGCAGAGAGAGCAGUUGAUUGGGAGAGAAAGGGAGGCAGGGAUAGUGAGAGAUCGAAACAGACGCACGGUGGAUUAUUUGGGCUGUAGCCACGGUGGAUGUUUUGCAGGCAGAGGGAGGACAGAGCAAGCUUGGAGCUGCCACACUGAGAGCUUUAUUUCAUUUUCUUUGUUUCCAGCGACGGUUCCUUGCAGGAUAUUGAUAUGGUUAUAAAGGCUUGUUUCUAUCAUCCUGUUGUUCAGUGAGGCUCUGAGCUCACGGUGAAUGCAGCAUGCAUGUGUCGACCUAUCCCACGAUGCUCCCUGUCAGUCCAGGCCUGUUUCUCCUCAGCUUCCUCUUCCUCGCUGAUGCUGACUCUCCACCUAGAUUCACAAGAACUCCAGAGCACCAAACUGGAGUGCAGGGGGGAGUGGCUUCCUUCGUAUGCCAGGCAGCAGGAGAUCCACAGCCCAAGAUUGUUUGGAAUAAGAAAGGCAAAAAAGUCAGCAACCAGAGAUUUGAGGUGAUAGAGUUUGACGAUGGGUCGGGUUCUGUCCUGAGGAUCCAGCCACUGAGGACCCCCAGAGAUGAGGCGAUUUAUGAAUGUCAUGCCUCCAACUCAGCAGGAGAGCUUACUGCUACCACUCGACUCAGUGUCUUAAGAGAGGACCAACUGCCCCCAGGGUUUCCCACCAUUGAUAUGGGACCCCAGCUAAAAGUGGUGGAGCGUUCACGGACUGCCACCAUGCUCUGUGCAGCAAGCGGCAACCCUGACCCAGAAAUUACCUGGUUCAAGGAUUUCCUUCCGGUCAACACGUCCAAUAAUAACGGUCGAAUAAAGCAGCUCCGCUCAGAGUCCUUUGGUGGCACGCCCAUACGAGGUGCCCUACAGAUAGAGAUGAGUGAGGAAGGGGACCAGGGGAAGUAUGAGUGUGUUGCCACCAACAGUGAUGGGACACGCUAUUCCACCCCUGCUAACCUGUAUGUCAGAGAGCUGCGAGAAGUGCGUCGCGUCCCCCCUCGCUUCUCUAUUCCCCCGGCUGACAGUGAAAUCAUGCCAGGGGGGAACGUCAACAUCACCUGCGUGGCAGUUGGCUCUCCCAUGCCCUACGUGAAGUGGAUGCUUGGAGCAGAAGACCUGACGCCCGAGGACGACAUGCCCAUUGGUCGCAACGUCCUGGAGCUCACUGAUGUACGCCAGUCCAACAACUACACCUGUGUGGCCAUGUCCACGCUUGGGGUGAUCGAGGCUAUGGCACAAAUUAUUGUAAAAGCCCUGCCGAAGGCUCCUGGUGUCCCUGUGGUGACAGAGAGAACUGCAACGAGCAUUACUCUCACCUGGGAUUCGGGAAACCCAGAACCAGUCUCAUACUAUGUCAUACAGCAUCGCGCCAAAGGUUCAGAAGAUCCUUACAAAGAGAUAGAUGGCAUUGCCACAACACGCUACAGUGUUGGAGGCCUCAGUCCAUACUCCCACUACGACUUCCGGGUGGCAGCUGUCAACACCAUCGGCCAGGGCCCGUCCAGUGAGGCAGUGGAGGCUCGCACAGCGGAGCAGGCCCCCUCAUCGCCUCCUCGACAGGUCAUAGGUCGGAUGCUGAGCGCUACAACAGCAAUGAUUCAUUGGGACGAGCCAGAGGAACCAAACGGUCAAGUGGUUGGUUACAGGGUUUACUACACCUCAGAUAACACGCUGCCAGUCAACCAGUGGGAGAAGCAGAUGGUCCGAGGCACCAAUUUCAUCACCAUCCAGGAUCUGACUCCCAACAAGACUUAUUACAUCCGGGUGCUGGCUUUUACCUCUGUGGGAGACGGACCUUUGUCCCAGGAUCUGCAGAUUAUAGCCAAGACUGGAGUUCCAUCCCAGCCAUUAGAUUUCAAGGGAGAGGCCAAGUCUGAGACCAGUAUCCUGUUGUCCUGGGUGGCCCCCUCAACCCAGGGUGGCCCAGACAGCCAAAUCACAGGAUACGAACUGGUCUAUCGAAGGGCCGACGACACAGAGGAGAGGAAAGUGAGCUUUGAACCAUCCACCUCCUACCUGCUGAAGAACCUCAAACCCUUCUCCACCUACACCUUCCAGCUGGCCGCUAAGAGCAAAAAUGGGAUCGGAGCGUACACCAAUGAAGUGUCCAUUGACACUCCACAGACACUUCCCUCAGCACCUCCCCAGGACAUCACGUGCACCAGUCCCAGUUCUACCAGCAUUCUGGUAAGUUGGGCUCCACCACCCCUGGAGUUUCAGAACGGCAUCAUAACCGGAUACUCCAUCCAGUACUCUACGAUGGAGGGCAACAAAACAUCCCAAAGAGUUGAUGGGAUUCCUCCGGGAAGUUCACCGUAUCUCCUGGAAAACCUUGACAAAUGGACUGAGUAUGGCAUAACCGUUCGGGCUCUCACGGAGGUUGGGGAAGGACCAGAAAGUUUACAGCUGCUUAUCCGCACCGAGGAGGAUGUUCCAAGUGGUCCUCCACAAGAGGUUGAAGCAGAGACAGUGAAUGCCUCGGCCAUUAGGGUGAAAUGGCGAGCUCCAGCGUCAGAACUUCAGCACGGACAGAUCCGUGGCUACCAAGUCCACUAUGUUCACACAAACUAUGGCGAACCACAAGGUCAACCCCUCAUCAAAGACAUCCUCAUCGAUGACUCACAGUGGGAAUAUGGCAAAUCAGGGGAAUAUGAGAUCGUGCUUGGAGACCUAAAAGCAGACACAGCCUACUCUGUGUCAGUGGGAGCUUACACUGCAAAGGGUGACGGUGCUCGUAGCAAAGCUGUUACUGCCUGCACCGCACUGCCUUUUCCUGAGAAACCGAAACUGCUGGUCAGUGCAACUGAAUUAGGUACUGCUCUUCUGCAGUGGUACCCCCCUCCGAACCCACCAACCCCUUUGCUAGGGUACCGACUCACCUUUGGCCGGGUCGACAUCCUUCCCUUUACUGUGGUGGAGUUUCCCACGACAGAAACACGUUACACUGCUCUGGAUAUUCAUAAAGGAGCUAACUAUGUUUUCAGACUCUCUGCCAGAAACAAAAUGGGCUAUGGAGAGGAGACCAUGAAGGAGGUGACCACUCCAGAAGAUACCCCAACUGGAUACCCAGAAAAUAUCAUUCUAGAGGAGGCUUCUGCCACCUCUCUCAUGCUAACAUGGAAAUCAGUCCCACUAAUAGAGCAAAACGGAAAAAUUACCAAGUACUCGGUGCUGUACAAGGACAUAAACAGUCGGGGGAACGCUACGGAGGUGGUGGUGCCCGCUCCAGGGUCAAGUGUUUUACUGGAGGGUCUGAGUGCCGAUACCGUGUAUGAUGUCAGGGUGGGUGCAUUCACAGCUGUCGGUCCUGGGCCGUACUGCCCCAGUGUCCAGUUCAGGACGCAGCGGCUUGACCAAGUUUUUGCCACCAACUUCAGAGUAAAAGCAGCCAUGAAGAACUCUGUUCUGCUCUCUUGGGAGAUCCGGGACAAGAACCCUUCCUUGCCAUUUACUAUCCUGUAUGGAAAAGGCCGCUCUGUGGAAGUAGAUGGCAGACAGACUCAGAAGCUUAUAACUGGCUUGGAUCCGGACACCCAGUACUCUUUUCUGCUGACGAACCGGGCCAACAGUGCUGGUGGCCUGCAGCACCACGUCACUGCCACAACUGCACCAGACAUCUUGAAAAGCAAACCCCUUAUUGUGGGAAAGACCAAUGCAGAUGGAAUGGUGACCGUGCAGCUGCCAACUGUGCAGACGACAGCAAAAGUCAGGGGUUACUAUGUGGUGGUGGUGCCGUUGAAGAAACAGAGAGGAGGAAAGUUUCUAAAUCCCUGGGAAGAUCCUGAUCAGAUGAAUCUGGAUGAGCUCCUCAGAGAGAUCAACAGGACCAGUGUCAGCCGUUCCCUUCGAAUCCGCAGACAGGCCAGCCAAUCAGAGCCGAGGGCGUAUAUAACAGCUCACUUUAAGACCCUCCCCUUAGAGUUCACUUUAGGUGACAGUCGAACCUACGGCGACUUCCGCAACCGUCCUCUGAAGGGUGGACAGGAGUAUGUCUUCUUUGUCCUUUCCCUCCUAGACCUCUCAGAAAAUACGAUGUUCUCAACCAGUCCCUAUUCUGAUCCGGUGACGGCAUCGGACGUGGAUCCCCAGCCGAUGGUUGACGAGGAGGAGGGUCUGCUGUGGGUUGUAGGCCCCGUCCUUGCUGUCAUCUUUAUUGUCUGCAUUGUCAUCGCCAUUCUUCUGUUUAAAAGCAAACCUGACAGGAAAAGAGCCGAGGCUGAAGGAAGGAAGGGCAGUUUUCCCUGCAGCAAAGCCAUGUCCUCCCACCAUCCCACAGAUCCUGUUGAGCUGCGGAGGAUCAACUUCCAGACUCCAGCUUACCGUGUAUCGGUGUACCGCGGUUAUCGCCGCUUGUCAAGCAUGGCAAGUCACCCGCCUGUCCCCAUCUCUGAGCUGGCAGAUCACAUCGAGCGCCUCAAGGCAAAUGACAAUCUCAAGUUCUCUCAAGAGUAUGAGUCCGUAGACCCAGCUCAGCAAUUCACAUGGGAAAACUCCAACUUGGAGGUCAACAAACCAAAGAACCGCUAUGCUAAUGUCAUUGCAUACGAUCACUCCAGGGUCAUACUCUCCAGCAUUGAUGGUGUCCCUGGCAGUGACUAUAUGAAUGCCAACUACAUUGAUGGCUACCGUCGUCAGAAUGCCUACAUAGCCACGCAAGGCCCUCUUCCGGAGACCUUUGGGGAUUUCUGGAGGAUGGUCUGGGAGCAGCACACAGCCAACAUUGUCAUGAUGACCAAGCUGGAGGAGAAGUCAAGGGUGAAAUGCGAUCAGUACUGGCCAACACGUGGCACAGAGACCUAUGGCCUCAUACAGGUCACUCUGCUGGACACGGUGGAGCUGGCCACCUACUCUAUGAGGACCUUCGCUCUUUACAAGAGCGGCUCUAAUGAGAAGCGUGAAGUUCGUCACUUCCAGUUUACAGCCUGGCCUGACCACGGUGUCCCUGAACAUCCCACCCCGUUCCUGGCCUUUCUCCGGCGGGUUAAGGCCUGCAACCCUCCAGAUGCUGGACCAAUGAUUGUGCACUGCAGCGCUGGUGUGGGUCGAACCGGCUGCUUCAUCGUCAUCGACGGCAUGACGGAGCGCAUCAAGCACGAGAAAACCAUCGACAUUUACGGCCACGUCACGCUGAUGCGCUCCCAGAGGAACUACAUGGUCCAGACAGAAGAUCAGUACAUCUUCAUCCACGAUGCUCUGCUGGAGGCGGUAACGUGCGGGAACACUGAGGUCCCUGCCAGGAACCUGUACUCCUACAUCCAGAGGCUGACCCAGAUUGAGCCUGGGGAGAACGUCACCGGCAUGGAGGUGGAGUUCAAGCGCUUGGCCAGUGCCAAGGCCCACACAUCCCGGUUCGUAAGUGCCAAUCUGCCGUGCAACAAGUUCAAGAACCGACUGGUGAAUAUCAUGCCCUAUGAGACGACGCGCGUGUGUCUGCAGCCAAUCAGAGGGGUGGAAGGGUCCGACUACAUCAACGCCAGCUUCAUCGACGGCUACAGGCAACAGCGGGCCUAUAUAGCAACCCAGGGCCCGCUGGCAGAGACCACAGAGGACUACUGGAGAAUGCUGUGGGAACACAACUCUACCAUUGUUGUUAUGCUGACAAAGCUGAGAGAAAUGGGACGGGAGAAAUGUCAUCAGUACUGGCCAGCAGAGCGAUCAGCCAGGUACCAGUACUUCGUGGUUGAUCCAAUGGCUGAAUAUAACAUGCCUCAGUACAUCCUCCGAGAGUUUAAAGUGACCGACGCCAGAGAUGGUCAAUCAAGGACAGUUCGUCAGUUCCAAUUCACAGAUUGGCCAGAGCAAGGAGUGCCAAAAUCGGGUGAAGGAUUCAUCGAUUUUAUUGGUCAGGUGCACAAAACUAAAGAACAGUUUGGUCAAGAUGGUCCAAUUACAGUGCACUGCAGUGCUGGAGUGGGAAGAACCGGUGUGUUCAUCACCCUUAGCAUCGUCCUUGAGCGGAUGAGGUACGAAGGGGUGGUGGACAUCUUCCAGACGGUCAAGAUGCUGCGCACUCAGAGACCUGCCACCGUUCAGACAGAGGACCAGUACCAGUUCUGCUACCGAGCCAGUCUGGAGUACCUGGGAAGCUUUGAUCACUAUGCAACAUAAACCCAGUUGCUGUCUUGUCGCACCCCGUUCAGCCGACUGCUCCCUUUUUUGUAGUAUCACACACAACCUGAAUACGUGCACUUGGCUGGAACGUGUGCGUGAAGAUUUUGCCACCACCUACAGAUUAUAAAUGGGGAGGGGGGGGACAGAACAUCGGCUUAUCCCCGUACCCAGAAACAGCACUUCUUACUGAGCCAUAGCGAUCCUGCUCGACCCCCAGGGGGAGGAGGGCGGAUGACUCGUUUCGCCUCCCCCUACCUCCCCCACCCAGCCCCGACACAAACACCCCUGUGGGUCAGUCUGAAGAAGCAGCUUCAACCACUUCUCCAAAAAAAAAAUACUUGAUCAAAUAUAGAUUUUUUUAUUAUUAUUAUAAUCAGUAUUUGGGCGGUUUCAGUGCUUCUGUGAGCACCCGGGUUGCUUUGUGUUGUUUUUUUGGUGUGGAACUCUCACCUCGUCCAUCACCAGUUGUAGCAUCACCAAACAGGACCAAGCUGCGGGAAAGAGUUGGACUUAUACUUACUCCCAGGUGAAGCGGCACGUCAAAGUCUACGCGACUAUCCGCCGGAGGAGGCGUAGGCCCUUUAGGUACGGACAGAAAGAACUGAAAACGCAGAGCACAGUAUUAGAAAGACAAAGAACACUUAACUUUAAAAAGGAGCACCAAGGAGAGUUUUUUGUUUUGUUUUUUUUUGGUCUCUCUUUGUUUCGGUUCCGAAUUCGCUUGGAAACGGACUUUUGUUUCCUGUGAACGAAAAGAGGACAUUUCUACAGUAAUAAGCACCACCAGUUCAACCUUAUUACGCUUCACCAUUUCAAAUAAGGGAAGAGAGGUUUAAACUGCAAAGCAAAACAUUAAUUUAGUUUUUUAGAAAGAUAUAUGACUAUUUAGUUUUUUUAAAAAAGCAAAAUGUCACAUUCUGUUAUUGUUUUUUUUUUUUUGUUUUUUUACUUUUAUCAGUUUUGUCCCCACUGACUACAGAAAAAAAAGCAAGGUUUGUAAGCCGUAGCCAUGUUUCUGUUUCCUUUCUUUAAGCGUACAAUCAAAUCUAAUGCGGAGGAUGUUCACCGCUUGACGACAAACGCCACCGUCACAUACCCUCCACCUCCUACCUUCUAUGAAAACACUCACGCGUGUGGUGGCUUGAUAUCUCAGCACGUGACUAUCUCGCCCCACAGAGCAAAGGGGGGACACGAGGGGCGGAGAAAGCCCCAACAAGUUGUGCAUUUGCUCAUCUAAACCCACAUAAAACACAAAACGUACAGGACGUGUGUACAGAGGGAAAGAUAUGAUGGAAAGAGAUGAACUAUUUAUGAAUUCAAAUAAGCUUUCACAGAGAUUUGGGGCAGCAGGAAAGGGAUGCAGAGGGUGGGGGUUUGGGGAAGGGGACAACUUUCUCACUGGAAUGCUCACAUUAGACUUUUCUCUCUUGUCUGAUUCAGUGUGCAAUAAGUAGAUGUAUUAUAUAUUUUUGUGUCAAGUCACUUAACUGCAGUUAUAUGCCAUGAUGAAGGUCUGAGGUUUACUCCAGACGCAGGAAAGUGUUUUACACUCGAUUCAGUCCAGUGUGUCCAGGCAGAGCGCCACAAUCCAGAGGUCACAGCAGAACAAAGGAUCACAGUCACAUUUCAGCAUCUAUUCAGUACUUUGAUUUUAGAUUUCUAGUGCCUUAUAUUACACGCCUAUUUUGAUAAAGUUACUUUAAAUGAUUUCUUUUGUGUAUGAGUGUGUGUGUAUAUUUUCUGUAUGCUGGGGUGUGUGUGUGAUCUGAGUGUAAGUGUUCAUGGUUUUUCUUAGGUUCCUGUAUAUAAAAGUGUUUCUUCUUUUUGUACAUUCUGUUUUUUGAUUUUUUUUGUUGUUGUUGUUGUUUUUUUGGGCUGUGAAAUGUCAAACCGAAGGUUCCAUGUGGGUUGGAUGGUUUAAAUCCAGCAGCUGUUUCAGCAUUAGUUUUUUUUUUUCUUUUUAGGUGGUAUUUCACUUAGGACUCAGUUACAGAUGAUUUUUUUAUCUGGAUGAAGAUGAAGUCUUUUGUUUUGUUUUUUUGUACAGCUCUUUGCAAAAGUAUUCUCCCCAUAUUGGUUUUUGAAAUGUCAUCCUCGAUUCUUGAUGAACUUCAGAGGGCUUUUGUUGUAGAAGACCCACAACCUAAUGAACAAUCUUUAAGUUUAAAAAAAAUAUAUGACUUUAAAAGUGAUUUUUUGGGGGGGGGGAAUCUGAAAAGCAUGCUGUGCAUCGGCUUUCCGCUUCUCUAUCUCAUUUUUUUCUUUAAAGUUUUGUCUGCUACUCUGCAAAGUAACAUCCAGUGUAGAGGAAUUAUUAGCUCCUGCUUUAAGACAUGCAGGCAUUUCCAUUUGGAUUUAGGUGUAGAUUGUGAUUGGGUUAUUCCAACACAUGAAUAUACUUCAGUUUAACUCUAUUGUAGCUCUGGUUGUUUGUUGAAAGUCUCUGUCCUGGUUUAAUAUAAUUUUUUUUUUUGCCCAGUCAUGUUUUCCAGAUCUCUACCGUGUUUUUCACUAUUGAAUAUUUUUAACCUGUUUCCCGUCUCUACUGAAGAAAAGGAUUCCCCCAGCAUGAUGCUACCACCACCAUGCACUGCAGUACGGAUGUCGUUUUUAGAAUGGUGUUUAGUGUCAGUAAUCUGCAUUAUUUAGUGUUUUCAAGAAGUUUCCAAUGUUCAUGCUGGUUCCCUUUGGGCCUCCUUUGAGCUAAAGCCUUUGUCUCACCACUCUCCUAUAAAGGCCACAUUCCUGGACAAUUAAUUGUUUUUCCAUCUAUAGAUUCUCCCUCCUGUGUUAUUGAUCUCUGCAGAGCAACUGGGCCGCUUCUCUGUUUAACCCUUGCCUUGCCUCUUUGUUUGUUCAGUGAUGGAAUCAACUGAUUAGUAUAAAGCGGGCACUUUGUUUUAUAACCUCUCAACCUGACCUGUCUGCUAUGUUCCUUGGUUCCCAUGAUGCUCUGUUCUCACUAAUGUUCGCCAACUAACCUCUGAGGCCUUCACAGAAUGGCUGGAUGUACACUGAGAUUAAAUGACACCCAGACGGCCUUUAUUUACUAGCUGAGUUACUUCUGAUGGUAAUUAGUAGCAAUGCAAUGAGUUUAGGAGCAUCAGAGUAAUGGGGGCUGAAAAUGGAUGCUCUAUGCCUGCACUUUUCAGAUCUCUCAAAAAAAGAAUUUAAAUAUGUAUAAUUUCCCUUCCACUUCACACUUAUAUGCUAUUUUGUCUCAGAUGUCACAGAUUAAAGUUUAUGCUUCUCGUAUACACUGACAAAAUGUAAAAAUCUUUAACCCUGUAAAGGCUAAAUUAUGAACUAGUUGUUUUUAAACUAGUUUUCAUUAAAAAUUCUAACAAAUCAUUUGAAUAAUUUGAAUUAGAUGAGCUAUUUGUAUCAUUUGUGAUACAUAUUUCCGUCCAUUUAAUUAUUACAUGUGUUUGAUAGCAUAAGUUUUUCAAGAGCAAAUAUAUCGCUGAUGAUGUAGAGGUCUUCAAAAACUCAUGUAUCAGAUAUGAUACACUCGGUAUUAAAGGGUUAAGGGAUAUGAAUACUUUUGCAAGGUGCUUGGUACAACUCUUCACACGGAAGGCAAGUCAGACUUGCCCAGCUAUGCAGUUAUUUACAAGAAGCUGAACGACAGCGGAAAUCUUGGUCAGUUUUAAGGUCAUUUGGAUGCCAUCCCAGUCCACCCAUGUAACCCACAUGAAAAGAUUCCCCUGAAGCCGGUCAGUAUCCUCAUCUGUACCCUUUGGUCCAUGUCAGUGUCUCCAUUUGUGUCUCUUUAUCUAAUAAUGACAAAGGCAAUGAGAAGUUCAGGUGCUACCAACUCAGAACAGAUGUAGUCAUGUUUUUUUAUAUCGACGCUCGACCACACGAGAGACGGUCGACAGUUUUACGUUGUCCAGCAGUGACCCUGUCGCCCAGUUAUUAUUAUUUCAUAUGCAUGGUACCCCCUGUUGGUCACGCAGCUUAUGGAAAGACUAGCACUUUCUCUCUUUGUACUAUGCACUACUAGUAGGAUCUCUAAUGCCCCUCCCUCCCACCCACCUCACAAAAAAAAAGGGGGCGGGACUUACUUGAACUCUUUCGGGUGGAUUGUGUAACGCUCACAUGGUUGUGUAUAUGUAAAUAACACAAAACACAGAGAGUAACUGAAAUGCAUAGAUAAACAGAGAAAUAGAUUAAAGAUAAGGAGAGAAAUUUAUGAGAAUACAGAGUGAUAUCAAAGUUGCACCUGAAAUCACACUUUUACGGCACAGCUGUAUUGUGCAAUACGCCACUUUGUGGAUUUUAUUGUCCCACAAACAAGAAGUUUCACAAAAAAAUAUAAAAAUAUGCUCUAAAUACCCCUUCCUCCCUCUUUCCUUCAAAUGUGUAAUGUAGAUGGAUAAAACUGGAGUUUAUAAACUGUAUAAAAAUGAAAGUACGAUGUGUUUGCUUGGGUCAGUUGCCACCAAUUGGUCUGUACAUGUCAAACAUUCUUCAUUUUGUUUCGAGCUCUGAGUCAACAAGUGCUUUUUUUUAUUUUCCUAUGUUGGGAUCUCGGAGCGUGUGGAAAACACAAAAACCCGGUCUGUAUGGAUUUCUGUUCAAUAUCGACACAGGUUUCAUUUGUUACAAAUAAACUCAAGUGAAAUAAUU